AUGGAUCUCAGGGACGGAAAAAAGACAGGUGCUGGAGAGGAUAUGGAGGUGAAAAAAGGGACAAUUAAGGAGAUACCAGAGAAAGAAAAAAUGAUGAGUAUGUUGGCUAGGAUAUUGAGUAUGGUUGAGGAAGAUCGGGCCAGGAUGAAAAAAUAUAGGGAGGAAAAUAGGAAAAUGUUAGAGGAAGAUGGGGCUAGGAUGAUGAAAAUGUUAGAGGAAGAUGGGGCUAGGAUGAUAAAAAUGUUAGAGGAAGAUAGGGAAAUGAUGGAGAAAAAUAUGGAUAUGGCAGUGGAAGAGGUUCGUAAGGUGGGUAGUAGGUUAGAUAAUACUGAGGUUGAGCUAGGACAAGAGAUAGAGUUGGUAAAAGUAGAAACAGAUAAGGAAGUUAUUAGAGAAGAGGUUAUAGGUAGAAUAGAUGAGAUAGAGAAGGAUCAGGAAACAGUAAACAUUGAUAAUAAAAUAGCGGAAGAAAGAAGUAAGGGUUAUUAUAAUGGGGUUACAGAUAUUGAAGUAGGGGGAAAUUUAAAAAUAAGAAGCCAGGUAUUGUUAGAAAAGUUCAAAUAUGAUCUGGUGUUAGAUAUUUUGUGGAAUUGUGGAUUUAUGAACAUAAAGAAGAAAAUCUAUAGGAGGAACAGGAAACGUGUAAGAUUUAAAGAGGAGGAUUCGUUGAGAUAUAGUGUGUGGUUAGAUAAGGAAAAGAGGAGUAGGAGCAUUAGAAAACGUGUAAGAUUCAAAAAGGGGGAUUCUUCGAAACGUAGUUUGUGGUUAGAUAAAGAAAAGAGGAAUAGGAGCAUUUGGAAACAUGUGAAAUUUAAAAAGGGGCAUGUAGCUAUAUUUAAGGCAGCAAGGGUACAAAUUUUGGGACCAGGAGCUGUGAACAGUGCUCGGAAAUACAACAGGUAA